GAAAACAAGUUAACGAAAGAAGCCACUCGUCGCCCAUUGCCCUCAAUUUCAUGCCCUUCCCUUCCCUACCCUAUAAAUACCAUUCUUUUCUUCUCAUCCUCAGCUCUCUUCCCCCAUUCCAUUCUGCUUGCUUCCAUGGUUGGUUUAACCGCCGACCACUUUAGGCCCAAUUCUGUGCCAAUAUCGCCGCACGCGCACGAAGAAGCCACCUCCUUUUGAUCUUCCCGAGGUUUUUUGUUCGGUAUUCGAGGAAUUUAGGGCGGCAAUCGAGCCUGACAGUCCGAUCCCAGUCUGGAUUGAGGGUUUCCGCCUCUUUCGACCGCUGAGUUGAUGUUUGAUUGGGGCUGUGCUUGGCAGAUUACGCCCCUCUCCCUUAGGUUCAGGAUCCUUCAAAAUCUUUGUUUUUUAGUUGGUUCGGAGGCUUUGUUUAUGCUGCUGAUCUAGGAAUUCAUUUACAUAUACUGGACCCUAAACCAUCAUGACAAUUGAAUGAAUCUUGUCUUCUGUUUAUAACUCAUUCAAUUAUAUCUUUAUGGGCUGAUUCUGGCAUUUCAUGGGAGGUGUAGAAGAUAAUGAACCACCAUCAAAACGUGUUAAAGCAUCCUCAAUAGAUUUAGAAAGCCUUUCAAAUACUUCAUCAGUUUUAGGGUAUAUCAAUCCUUUGGGAGGCCAAAUGGCGAGGCCUUUACCAUCCCAAGGGAGAGAAGACGUGAUUGGUUCUAAAGGAGUCAUUAAGAAAGUUGAAUUUGUCAGAAUUAUUACCAAGGCCCUCUAUUCCCUUGGGUAUGAGAGAAGUGGAGCAGUUCUGGAGGAAGAGUCAGGAAUACCAUUGCACUCAUCUGCUGUGAGCCUCUUCCAGAAUCAAGUUCUUUAUGGAAACUGGGAUGGAAGCAUGAUCACAUUGCAUAAAAUAGGGCUUGAAGAUGAAAAUAUUUUGAAGUCUGCAUCCUUUUUAAUUUUGGAGCAGAAGUUCUUUGAACUUUUGGAGAACAAUAAGGUAAUGGAAGCAUUACAAUCAUUAAGAAAUGAGAUCUCUCCACUUGGCAUUAACAAAAAGCGGGUGCACAAGCUUUCCAGUUGCAUUAUAUCUCCUUCGCAAUGUAUCUCACUUGGGUUUGCUGGUGCGGGAACGGAGAUUUCAAAUUCACGAAUGAGGCUUCUAGAUGAGCUGCAGAAAUUGCUUCCUCCAUCAAUAAUGAUACCUGAGAGGAGGCUGGAGCACUUGAUUGAACAGGCUCUUAAUGUUCAAAGAGAAGCUUGUUAUUUCCACAACUCUGUUGAAGGUUGUCUCUCAUUGUACACAGAUCAUCAGUGCGGAAAGGACCAAUUACCUUCUCAAACAACACAGAUAUUGCAAGAACACCAUGAUGAAGUAUGGUACAUACAGUUCUCCAACCAAGGAAAAUAUUUAGCGUCAUCAUCAAAUGAUAAAUCUGCAAUUAUAUGGGAGGUUCAAGAAAAUGGAGAAUUCACUCUGAAGCACAGAUUAAUGGGUCAUCAGAAGCCUGUCCUAAUGGUUGCUUGGAGCCCUGAUGACAGGCGACUUCUAACUUGUGGACUGGAAGAGGUUGUGAGGUGUUGGGAUGUUCACUCUGGUGAAUGCCUCCAUGUCUAUGAAAAGCCUGGUCUUGGUCUGAUAUCCUGUGGUUGGUUCCCAGAUGGAAAACAACUUUUUUGCGGUGUUACCGAUAAGACUAUUUGCUUCUAUGAUUUGGCUGGAAAACAACUGGAUUCUUGGAAAGGACAACGAAUUAGCAAAACCUCUGAUGUUGUGGUCACAAAGGAUGGUGGACGUUUUAUAACUUUAUGCAGAGAAACAGCAAUCUUGGUGCUGGAUAGGGGAACAAAAAAUGAGAAACUGAUAGAAGAAGAUCAAACGAUCACUUCAUUCUCUCUGUCAAAGGAUGAUAAUUUCUUACUCGUGAAUCUUAUAAACCAGGAGAUCCACAUGUGGAGCAUAAAGGAUGAGCCAAAGCUCGUCACGAGAUACAAAGGUCACAAACGCUGUCGUUUCCUGAUAAGGUCUUGCUUUGGUGGGUUUGAGCAAGCUUUUAUCGCUAGUGGAAGUGAAGAUUCACAGGUAUAUAUAUGGCAUCGAGGCACCGGUGAUCUCGUAGAAGCUCUUGCUGGGCAUUCAGGCACUGUCAACUGUGUCAGCUGGAACCCGACAAAUCCACACACGCUAGCAUCCGCCAGUGAUGACCACACAAUUCGCAUCUGGGGACUAAGAAAGGUCGAUCUGAAGCACAAGCAGUCCCACAGCAAUGGAAUUUUUCGCCACUGCAACGGAAACAGCAAAUGAGCAAAGAUGAAACCAGUCAAGUGCUCGUCCUUGACUAAAAUGCAUUUGCAUUGUUUGUAAAUCCUCAACUCUUUGGCACCGGUAGGCACUUGCCCUUGUAACGGUACGGUUGCCAUUUGCUGACACUGUGAUUUCUUCAAUUGAAACUAGAUGAAGUUCCAGACAUAAAUAUAUAUACAUAAAUGGUUCUUUUACCUCUCGUGAA